AACAGGGACAGACUGGGGUAUAAAUCUAAUCAGUCUGAGCAAAACAUCCUUGAUGUUUGGAAGUGAAUUGGAAAUGCGAUCCUUGAUCCUUGUUGUGCUGCUUGCAGUUGUUGCAAGUGCGAACAUUUCACCUCGUGCUAUAUGGCAGUUCAGGAAGAUGAUUAAAUGUGUGAUUCCAGACAGUUCUCCCAUUUUGGAUUUCAACCAUUAUGGAUGUUACUGUGGAUUUGGUGGUUCUGGAAAAUAUGUUGAUGAAUUAGACAAGUGCUGCCUGAAUCAUGAUAACUGCUACCACAAGGCAAACGAGCAAUGCAGAGAUUAUGUAGAUAGCCCAUACAUUGAACAUUAUUCUUAUUCUUGCUCUGGGACAGAAAUCACCUGCAGCAGCGACAAUAAUUCCUGCGAGAGUGAUAUUUGUGACUGCGAUCGUACGGCAGCAAUCUGCUUUUCUCAGUCUGAUUAUAACCCUGACCACAAAAAUCUGGACAAGAAACUGUACUGCUGAAAAAAGCUCUCAAACUAGAGAGAAGAAAAAGAAUGAAAGUUUU